AUCCUUUGGGUUUUCAUGCAGAUACACUCAAGCAAUGGAAAAAGGAAACCAAACCAGUAUCUCUGAAUUUCUCCUCCUGGUCUUCUCCAAUUGGCCGGGACAUCAGGCACUCCUCUUUUCACUUUUCCUGUGUCUCUACCUAACAGGACUGUUGGGGAACUUGCUCAUCUUGCUGGCUAUUGCCUCGGACCAUCACCUGCACACACCCAUGUAUUUUUUCCUUGCCAAUCUGUCCUUGGUAGACCUCUGUCUUUCUUCAACUACAGUUCCCAAGGUGCUGCUGAACAUCCAAACACAGGCUCAGUCCAUUUCCUAUCCUGCCUGUCUGGCUCAAAUGUACUUCUCCAUGAUGUUUGCAAACAUGGACAAUUUCCUUCUCACAGUGAUGGCAUAUGACCGUUAUGUGGCCAUCUGUCACCCUUUGCAUUACUCCACCAUUAUGACCCAGCAUCGUUGUGCCUGCCUGGUGGCUGUUCCUUGGGUCAUUGCCACUCUGAAUCCCCUCUUGCACACCCUUAUGAUGGCCUGUCUGCAGUUCUGCUCUGACAAUGUCAUCCACCAUUUCUUCUGUGAUAGCAGCUCUCUCCUCUCUCUAUCCUGUUCUGACACCAGCCUUAAUCAGUUGAUGGUGCUGGCUGUGGUGGGACUCCUCUUUGUGGUACCUUCAGGGUGUAUCCUUGCUUCCUAUGCUCACAUCAUCUCUGCUGUGAUGAAAGUCCCUUCUGCCCAAGGAAAACUCAAGGCUUUCUCCACCUGUGGAUCCCACAUUGCCUUGGUCAUUCUUUUCUAUGGAGCAAUCACAGGGAUAUAUAUGAGUCCUUCAUCCAACCACUCAACUGAAAAAGACUCAGCAGCAUCAGUGAUUUUCAUGGUGGUAGCCCCUGUACUAAAUCCCUUCAUUUAUAGUCUAAGAAACAAUGAGCUGAAAGGGGCUUUAAAGAAGGCCCUAAGCCAGAGUAAAAUCUUCUCCCUUGUGAUUUGA